AUGGCUGCCGAAAGCGGCUCGUCAUCGAUCUCGGUGACGGUCAGGGUGCGGCCUUUCACAAUCCGAGAGGCUGCACAGCUUGCAAAGAACGACGAUACCCCGUUGUUCCUCGGCGAUGGCUCGCUCGCUGGCGUUCCCAGCACCCCCAAGCUUUCGCAAAAGGGCAUCAGACCAGUCAUCAAGGUCAUUGACGACAAAUGCUUAGUCUUUGACCCGCCGGAGGAUAACCCUGUCCAGAAGUUCUCUCGAAGCGUUGUUCCCAACGGUAAACGCGUCAAGGACCAGACGUUCUGUUUCGAUCGUAUCUUCGACGAAAACACAACACAAGCAGAGGUGUACGAGGCCACGACCAGAAGCCUGCUCGAAAGCGUGCUGGAUGGAUACAAUGCCACAGUCUUUGCGUAUGGCGCGACAGGUUGCGGAAAGACGCACACCAUUACCGGGACUGCACAGCAACCUGGAAUCAUCUUCCUGACAAUGCAAGACCUCUUUGAGAAGAUAGAAGAGAGAAAAGAGGAAAAAAUAACGGAAGUUUCGCUCUCCUACCUCGAGAUUUACAACGAGACCAUUCGUGACUUGCUUGUUCCUGGCAAAGGAAACUUAUCACUGCGCGAAGAUGCAAACCAAACGGUCUCGGUGGCUGGGCUAUCAAGCCAUCAUCCAAAGAAUGUGCAGGAAGUCAUGGACAUGAUUAUGCGGGGCAACGAGUGUCGCACAAUGUCUCCCACCGAAGCCAACGCAACUUCCUCUCGGUCCCAUGCUGUUCUGCAAAUUAACGUGGCCCAGAAGGACCGCAACGCGGACGUUAAUGAGCCCAUGACUAUGGCCACAUUGAGCAUCAUCGAUCUUGCAGGGAGCGAGCGAGCAAGCGCGACGAAAAACCGAGGAGAGAGACUCCAGGAGGGAGCAAAUAUCAACAAGUCUUUGUUGGCCUUAGGAAGUUGCAUCAACGCCCUUUGUGAUCCGCGCAAACGAAACCAUGUCCCCUACCGAAACUCCAAGCUCACUCGGCUUCUCAAAUUUUCUCUUGGUGGUAACUGUAAAACAGUCAUGAUUGUCUGCGUCAGUCCGUCAAGCCAGCACUUCGAUGAGACUCAGAACACAUUACGCUACGCGAAUCGAGCGAAGAACAUCCAGACGAAGGUUACGAGAAAUGUGUAUAAUGUGAACCGCCACGUCAAGGACUACCUGGUGAAGAUUGACGAGCAAAUGGCCUUGAUCAAUGAGCUCAAGGCGCAACAAAAGGAGUAUGAAUCGAUUGCCUUUGCCAAAUUCCGAAAGCAGAAUGAAAAGAAAGAAGCUGUUGUGCGGGAGAGCGUGGCUCGCAUCCGGAAUGCUUAUGAGCACUCUGCCCCAGAGAGACAGGAGAAGAUCAACAGCAUGCUGAAGCUGCGACAGGUCAGUCGCCGGAUUGGCAUUUUGUCUUCAUGGAUUGCUGCAUUCGACACCGUCUGUGACUCUUGCGAGAGUGAGACGCCCAUGCAAAACCUCCAGGCCAUCCGGAAGACAGCGCAGGGAAUUCUCCUAGAAUUGGAGAACACUCGACACCAUUACAACCAGCGCAUCGCAAAGAACAACUGGGACCGAGCUAUCAAUACCGCUCUCGACCAUGGUAUCCAGCAGCUUCGGGAAUUCGAUACAAGUGAUAACACCGAUAUUGCAAAUCUUACUCGAGAAGCCGAGCUGUUGAAAGCAAAUGCGGAACGAGAGGCACUUUCCGCUGUUGCCGAGCACGAUAAGGCAGGCGACGUGGCCACGGUGCAAAUGCUCCUUCAGGCCCACUUCGAGACUGUGUCUGCAAUUGAGAAUAUAAUGCAGCUUACCGAGGAGGAAGCCAUCGAAACCGGAAAGAAAAUCUUGACCAAGUUACUCAAUUCUUGCUCCACUGCCGCAUCCAGUGUUGUUAAGCCCGACGGAAACUUUCCUUCAGUGGAAGUGCCUUCCCUGCCCAAGUCCGGAACUCCCAUGCGCCGAAGGAAAUCCAGUCUCGCUGGUGGCGCUUCGAAGAUUCUGAAUCCGCCUGUUAUAAUAGCACCUAACGCAUCGGCGUCCCCCUUGAAGAGCUCUCCACGACGCAGAAAGCUAGGAAUGGCGAAGAAGGGCGUCAGCUUCACUCCUAAGAAAACACAGACCAAGACAACCAAGAGGGCCGUCAGAUGGAAAGAUGAUGAGCAGGACGGUUCUCUGGCCGAAUUCGAGAAGACCCCUAAGAAGGCCGAGUCAAGUCCGGAGAGCUCAUCCGGCGAGCCGCCUCUUCCACGAGUGUCCCCUGUGCCACGAGGAAUUCCUGUUUACACAAAGAAUGUCAACAGGUCUCCUGGGUCUUCUUCCUCUUCCCCAAUUCCACCACCGCCCGAGCCGACACUGAGUAUACACAGCAAGAGCAGCCGAUUUCAGACCGGGUUCCUAGCCAAGAAGUCCAGCGGAUCUCCUGUGCCAGCGACACUGACAAACGUUUCCUCCUCCGAUAACGAGCACUCCCCGCUUCGCGAUAUUAACAAAAACAACUUUCUCAAUCGGCCUUCGCUUGAUCGUCCGUCCCGCAUCGCCGUCCGAACGUCCAGCGGCAGUUACGGCAGCAGCCCCGCCUCAGAUGGCGAGAAGAGCUGGAAGGCAGACAAGGAGGAGGCGAUCAAGAUCAGUGCAGCGAUGAGGCGCAUUUCAGGAGUUCACCUAACGAGAACACCAUGUUUACGGCGUCGCAGGCAAGGAGGAUGGUAA